AUGAGUUCUGUCUCCAGCGAUCCCAGCGAUGGGGACGCUGCCGAGCGGUCCCGGCUGGGGCUGGACGCCGUGAUCCAGAGGCUGGAGGACACCAUCCUGAGCCCCAUGGCCAGCAGAGAAGACCGAGCACUGACCAUGCGUGGGGAAGGCUGGCGGGCUUCACCCACCCGCGUGCCUGCCCGCAUCCGUGAGAUCGUGGCCAGUAGCCUGGGCGAGGAGCCACCCCAAGGGGUGCAGGAGCCACCGGCCGCCUCGGCCAGCAUGCAGGAGGAGAACGAGCUCCUGCAGGAGGAGUUGUCCCGGCUGGAGGACCUGCUGGCCCAGGCGGGCGCCGAGCGGGACGAGCUGGCCAGCAGAUAUUAUGCCGUCAGCGAGCGGCUGCAGGCCAGGCUGCAGACCACAGAGGCUCGGCUGCGGAGGGCAGAGCUGGAGCACAGCGUGGACCUAGAGGAGGCCCUCGGCCGUCUGGAGGCCGCCGAGCAGAGGAGCACAGGCCUCUCCCAGGUGAACACUUUGCUGCGGGAACAGCUGGAGCACAUGAAGAAGGCCAAUGACACGCUGGCCGAGGAGCUGGCCAGGACGACGGGCAGCAUGCUCCACCUGCGGGGCGAGCUGGAGCUGAGGGAGGCACAGCGAUGGACUGAGAGAGAGACCCCACAUGCGCACUCGGGGAAGUCCCGGCGCCUCCUGCUCCUACGGAUGCAGGUCACAGCACUCCGCGCACACCUGGCUGAGCUGCGUGCAGCCACUGAGGGGGCUCUCGCUGACAUGCGAGCGGACGCGGCCAGGACGGCCCGGCGCCUGCACACGGCCUGCCGGAACCUCGACUCCAACCUGCGGCUGUCGGCCAGCAGCGCGGCUGGCGCCCUGGAGCAGCAGGCCCUGCAGGGCGCACGGCUGGAGCGGCAGCUGCGGGACAAGGUGCGGGAGAUGCUGCAGCUGCAGGGCCGCUGGGACACGGAGAAGGUGGCGCUCCAGGCCAGACUCUCCGAGCAGACGCUGCUGGUGGAGAAGCUCACAGAGCAAAACUCGAAGAAGGAGAGAAGCAUCUCUUCCCUCAAAAUGGACGUUCAGAACCUGGAGUCUGGGCGCAGCGGAGGCCGGCUGCCAGUGGACGCCCUGAAGGAUGAAGUGGAAUCCCUGCAGCACGUUUUGAGCAGCAUCACUAAGGUGGCCCAGGCGGACGUGGGGUGCCCAGAACUGGCAUGGAGCAGCAGCACUGAAGGCGGGGAGGCGCGGGACCGACUGAGGAGACCCCCACGCACCGCGUCCCCCCACCGGAGCAUGUCCCCGCCAUGGGCUCGCUCCCCAGCUGCCCUGGACCCCGCACUGCUGGCCGUGCAGGCAGCCAUUCAGAGGCGGCAGCAGCGGGAGCAGGUGGGUAGCCGCCCACGGGGGCACCAGAGGCAAAGAUGUGCCCUGGUCCCCACUGGGGGCAAAGCAAUGAAACCUGCCAGGCUGAAAGGUGCCAUUACAGGGCCUGCCCGUGUCUCACCAAGGUGGGCUGACCACUGGGUCUCCCUGGGGCCUGCCCUGAGCCCCACAGCCCCAGGGAGGGGCCUCUGGUCUAAGUGCAUCCUUUCUGCGGGAGUCUGUGGUCAAAGGCCUGUCCAGGCCAGAGAGAGCUCACCUUACACCCCCACACCCCACACCCAGGAGCUGCGCCUGCAGCUGGAGUCCUCCCAGGUGGUGGCGGCCGGGCUCCGGGAGCAGCUGUUGGAGAGCCAGCGGGAGCUGCGGGCCUCACGGAGGCUCCUGCAGGAGCGGGCACAGGAGCAGGCGCGGGAGUGCGAGGACCUCCUGGGCAAGCUAGAGGCGCAGAGCCGAGAGGCGCAGCACUGCAGGGCGACCAGCGAGCUCUUGGGAAGGGAGAAGAAGGCUCUGGAGUCAGUAGUGGAGGAGCUGCGAGGGAAGGCGGAUGCUUCAGGCAUGGAGAAGCAGAGGCUGGAGGCCAUGAACACUGAGCUGCAGAGAAGCCUCCUGCUGUGGGCAGAGCAGAAGGAAGAGCUGGUCCAGCAGGGCCAGCGGGGCCAGAGGGAGCUGGAGACAAGUCAAGGGCGGCUGGAGCAGCUGGAGGAGAAGGUCUCGGGGCUCAAGAAGGAGCUGGUGUCGGCCCGGGAGGCGCUGAACGCAGCACGGCUGCAGAGGGACCUUUUGGAAAGCGAGAGGGAGGGUCUGCGUGCCGCCCUGGCCCGGGCCGAGUCCAGCAACACUGACCUGGAACUGCUUGUGACCCGGCUGAAGUCAGAGGGGGUGGAGCAAAGGGACUCUCUGGCCAAGAUGGCCACCCUGAUGGAGGGGCUGGCUCAGGACAAAGGCGCCCUGAACCACCUGGUCCUGCAGCUGGAGCAGGAGCGGGACCAGCUGCGGGAGCAGCAGAAGGCUCUGGAGCGAGAGCGAGCAGGUGCCCAGGAGCAGCUGGCACAGGCGGAGCAGCAGCUGGAGCUCGUGCAGGCUGAGCGACGGGGCCUGCAGCAGGACUGCGGGCGCCUGGAGGAGCAGCUGGAGCAGCUGGAGGGGCAGGCGGCCCGGCUCCAGCGCGAGAGGGCCCAGCUGCAGGAGGAGGUGGGCCAGGUCACAUGCAAGAAACAAGCCCUGGAGGAGCAGCUGGCCCAGAGCCUGCAGGACCGGGAGGCCCAGAGGGACACUCUCCAGAGGGCCCUGCAAGAGAAGGAGGCUUUGUGUGAGCAGCGGACUCAGCUGCUGGCCCAGCAGGAGGCCCUGGAGAGGCAGGGCUGGCUCACGGCUGAGGAGGCAGCUGAUCUGAGGGCCCAGAGGGACUCCCUGGAGAGCAGCCUCUUGGAGGCCCAGCAGCUGGCGAUGCAGCUGCAGGCGCAGCAGGAGCAGGUAGAGCGAGAGGCCCAGAGCGCACGGCUGGCUCGGCAGGCCCUGCAAGUGGAAAUGGAGCAACUAAAAAGCACCUGGGAGGUCCGGGAGACAAAGCUGCAGUGGGACGUGGGGCAGCUCCAGCAGCAGGUGGCGCAGCAGGAGCGUGAUGUGCAGCUGGCCCUGGAGAGCCAGGCACUGGCCCACCGCGAGGACCUAGCGCGGCUCCAGAGGGAGAAGGAGAGCCUGAGUCUGUCUCUAACAGAGGAGAAGGAGGUGGCAGCACGCCGGUUGGAACAGCAGAAGGAGCUGGUGGCAAAAAGUGCAGCCAAAAGGCAGGCUCUGAAGGAGGAAAUUCAGAGCCUGAAGCAUGAGCGGGAUGAGAGCCUCCUCCAACUGGAGCAUGAAACGCAACAGGCCCUGUCUCUGAAAGAAGCAGAGAGGAGCCUGCUGCGGGAGGAGCUCUCGAGGGCCACGCGGGAGCUGGAGCAGGUCCGGCAGGAGGCCCAGAACCGGCAGGAGCAAGCCGAGGCCACCAUCAGUGCCACGACUGCAGAGCUGAAGGCGCUGCAGGCCCAGUUUGAGGACGCCAUCUCAGCCCAUCAGACAGAGGCCACGGCCUUGAGCGAGAGUCUCCGGGAGAUGGCGGCAGAGCGAAGCAACACAGGGAGAGAGGCCGAGAGGCUGCGGGCACAGCUGGAGGAGGCCCAGGAGGGGCUGGCCGCGCUGCGCCGGGAGCUGCAGGGCAGUGAGAAGAGCCAAGAGGGGCUGCGCAGGGAGGCCCUGGAGGCCCGUCGGGAGCUGGGCGACGAAACCCGAGAGAAAAACAUGCUGCAGCAUUCCAACACCAAGCUGCGGGCCGCCAUCCUCAGGGCCGAACAGGAGAAGGCCAGUUUUAAGCGUUCCAAGGAGGAGAAGGAGCAGAAGGUGCUGGUCCUGGAGGAGGCCCGAGCUGUGGCUCAGAAAGAGGCCAGCAAGCUGCGGGCCAGCCUGCAGGAGGUGGAGCAGGCGCGGGAGGCCGCCCGCCGGGAGCUCCAGGAGCUCCACAGAAAGGUGAAGACACUGGAGGCCGAGAAUCAGAGGAGGAGCCAAGAGGUGAACUGGCUGCAGGCCCGGGUCACACAGGAUGCUCAGCGUCGGCAGCAGAGCCGGCAGGAGGUGUUGGAGCUGCAGAGGCAGGUGGCCGAGGUGGAGGCCACCGGGAAGGAGGUCCUGAGGCUGCAGCGAAAGUUGACGGAGGUGGAGGCAGGAGGUGAGGCCCGGGAAAGGCGGCUGGAGGAAUGCCUGCGCGAGAGCCGGGGAACCGAGCAGACCCUCCGGGCUGAGCUGCGCAGCGUCUCCGGGAAGCUGCAGCAGGCCAGCAGCAUGGCUGAUGGCCUCCAGGCUCGCCUGGACGGGGCCUGCCACCGGAUCCACAGCCUGGAGCAGGAGCUGGCCCAGGCUGAGGGCGCCAGGCGGGAUGUGGAGGGCCAGCUGGGCCGGCUAUGGGCCACACUCCACCACGACCUGGGGUUCUGGGGACAGAGCCCCUCCGCCUCCCCCAAGCGGCCCGGCGCCCCCACCAAAGGCUCGCACAGCUCCCAGAGUCACUCCGGGCAGCAGAGUGCCAGUCCCCCCGCCAGGUCCCACUCACCCCUCCGAUGGCCCUCACCAGCACCCGGAGACCACGGCCCAGAGGUGGACGUGGCCUCUGUGCGGGACGCCCUGAGAGACUUCGCGCAGAAGCUGCGGGAUGCCCAGCGGGAGCAAGAUGACUGGCGCUUCCAGGCGGCAAGCCUGAGCAGCCAGCUGAGCGAGGCAGAGAGCGAGCGCGCCCGAGCCCAGAGCCGCGUGGGGCAGCUGCAGAAGGCGCUGGCCGAAGCGGAGGAAGGCUGGCGCCAGGCGGAGGGCGAGAUGAGCCGUGCCCGGGCAGCGUGGGCCCUGCAGGAGGAGGCGCUCCAGAGGCUGCAGACGGAGCAGCUGGCAAGCGUGCGGGAAGCAGGCCAGGAGAAGCGGCGGCUCCAGGAGCGACUGGACCAGCUGCACCAGGCCCUGGAUGAGAGCAGGAGGCACAGCCAGGGGCUGGCCCAGAGGGGGAGACUGCUGGAGGAGCAGGUCGCUGGCCUGGAGCGCCGGUGCCAGGAGGCAGAGGGCGCGCUGAAGCCCCUGCGGCAGGUGGCCAGCCUGAAGGAGCAGCUGGACCAGGAAAUGCAGCGGUGGCGACAAGCCCGCCUCGGCCAGGCCUUCCGGGCCAAACAGUGA